CGCGAUCGCGUGAUCACACCGCCAGGUUUGCAACCACCACCGGCUUCGCACCGUCAAGAAAGAAUCCAUCUCGUCCAGGAAAUAUCUAUUGUUGGCCUUGUUGCCGGCAGGAAUAUAUCCCGACAGACGAAGAGCUUUGUUUUUGAGGACACACGCAAAUUCUCUGCCUAAGAGCGGCGUCAAGAAGAGAGCCAGCCGAUCUCCUGAUGUCAUCAUCCCAGAGCGAGGGAGCGAAAGACUUCCUCGAUAGGUUUGUCACCUUCGUCGCUGGCACCUACCGCAAUGACAAGUGCAUCAAGCUGCUGGGGUACUCCUUGUCUACGAUCGCUCAGAUUAUUCGAUACCGGAAUGGCGGAAAGGACACCCGAAGAUCAGAGGGUCUUAACCAGCUGUAUGGGGCCCUGUCCACAGCCCGCGUGAUUUUUCGGAUGCAGGGAACGGCUGAGGCCGUGUGGGAGCUAAAGCACCUGUCCGGCGCAGACGGGUGGGACGAUGUCAGGAUCCGACCGUUGGCGCGGCUGCAAGCCUUGACCAAUGUGUUUUACCACCCGAUGGAGGAAGUCGCUCUGGCGGGGGGCAUCGCACCGAAGCUCUUUCCGGUGGACCAGGCGUGGUGGUGGGCGAGAUCUGAUUGGGCAUGGCUUGCCUUCUGCAUCAUCGACAUGUACAUGAACGUGCUCAAGGGGAGAGAACUACGGAGGCGAGAGGAAGGCGUACGGAGAAAACUCAGGGAUUGUGCGGAAUCUGAGACCGCCGGGCUGCGACAAGCGCUGUCCCAGAUCGCCGCGAGCAAGAGGCAAGUGGCGUUGCAGCAAUUGCGGAUGGUGUUCUACCUUCCCAACGCCGUUCACUGGGCGUUCAUCAAACCUCCUGUGCACCCGCUAGUCGUGGCCGCGCUGGGCUUGGGGGAGGCAGCGGUUGGAGCGGUCCAGGCUUUCCCGCCUGCAAGUCGAUAG